AGGCCGAAAAUAGGUUCCAGGAGUUAAAUUGCCAUCCUAAUAAAUCGGAAAUUAAACCCAUUCUCGAUCCAAAUUAAACAAAACCAUCUCUUCUAACUUCUAAAUUCUAGUUAAUCUUCCUCCCCGGUGGCCAUGGCGGAUAGCACCACCACCAUCACUGAUGCCGAUCGUUCUUCUUCCAACAAGGAACCGCUCCUGGACCGGAGGAAACAAUACAACCGCUGCGUCUCCAACGUGAACGACGAGUUCCGCACGUUCCGCUCCUACCUCCGGUGGAUGUGCAUGGACCAGUCCAACAAAUUCACGGCGGCGCUGUCGUGGCUGGUGUUCCUCCUCUUCACGGUGGCCGUACCCGCCGUGUCACACUUCCUCCUGUCCUGCCCUUCCUGUGACUCCCACCACUCCCGCCCUUACGACAGCGUCGUGCAGGUGUCACUGAGCGGCAUGGCGGCGGUUUCGUUCCUCUGCCUCACCGGGUUCGUUAAACAGUACGGACUCAGAAGGUUCCUUUUCUUUGAUAAGCUCCGCGAUGAGAGCGAAACCGUUAGGAAUAACUACAUGUUCGAACUCAACAGGUCACUGAAGAUCAUAUCGGUAUUUGUUGUGCCGUGCUUCGCUGCGGAGAGUGCAUACAAAAUAUGGUGGUACGCAUCAGCAUCGUCACAGAUACCCUUCUUUGGUAGCGUGUACGUCACUGGUACAGUGUUGUGCAUAUUAGAACUCUGCUCCUGGCUGUACCGAACCACCGUAAUAUUUCUCGUGUGCAUUCUAUUCCGUCUGAUCUGCUACCUCCAGAUCCUACGGCUGAAGGACUUUGCCACGGUGUUCCACGUGGACUCGGACGUGGCUACUGUGCUCUUGGAGCACUUGAGGAUCAGGAGGCACCUGCGAAUCAUCAGCCACAGAUACCGCGCGUUCAUUAUACUCGCUAUCGUAUUGGUCACUGGAAGCCAGCUCAUGUGUCUUCUUGUCACUACCAAAGCCAGAAAUCAAGUCAAUAUCUACAAAGCCGGGGAGCUUGCGUUGUGUUCCGUUACACUUCUUUCUGCAUUGUGCAUAUUGUUACGUAGUGCAACAAAGAUCACGCACAGAGCACAGGCGAUCACAGGGCUGGCUGCCAAGUGGCAUGUUUGUGCGACGUUGGAUUCGUUCGACGGAGCAGGCGCCGGUGAUGGACUAGUUGCAGCAGCUGAGAAUUCCACAGAGAGAAUCUUCCCUCAUGUUGGUACGGAUGGAGAUUCCUCAGAUACUGAUGAUGGUGGUGAUGAAGAAGAUGACAUUAAUUCUACCAAGUUAAUUCCGUCUUAUGCUUACAGCACUAUCUCAUAUCAAAAGAGACAAGCUCUUGUGAAUUAUUUUGAGAACAAUGGAGCAGGGAUUACGAUGUUCGGAGUGAUGUUAGAUAGGGGCACGCUUAACACCAUAUUCGGUAUUGAGAUGUCGCUGGUUCUUUGGUUGCUUGGCAAAACCAUUUUUCUCUAACUCUCUUUAAUUGCUAAAUAAAAUAAUAAGAAAAUGAGUUGUUUAUAUAGCAAACCAAUUUGGUUUAUUUAUACUUCAUGAAUAACCUACUUUCUUUGCUCUGCUUCUCCUCUCGCUGGCGGCUACAAAUUGGAAGAGAUUAUUUCUAUAGGUUUCAAAUUUUGAUGUGAAAUCUUUUUUUUUAUUAUUUAAAUGUUUUCUUUCAUGUUUUCCGAGUAUUAUUCUCUCUAUCCACGACUUCUUGUAAU